AUGGUGAUGGACAUCAAUGGUGUUCCCGGAGCCAGCUCCUACGGACUCAAUAGAGCAAAUGUUAAAUUGUCAGUAGUUACCUUCUUCCAUACCCCACAAGCACAGCAUCCCAUCUCCCCCCCACUCCUGCCCCACCAAUGUAGCCGGGUCUCCCUGGUCAAAUUCUGGAAGUAUUUGUCAGCUGUGUGGCUAGACCAGAAAACUGCCCCUGAGCAGGUGACUGAAUGGAAAGGUCGGACACACCAAGGUGGGUGGUCAUUGAGCCCUGGUGUCCUCUUUGUCUUCCUUCGAGGCAAAGGAAGAAGUGAAUGGCCCCUUAGGACAGGCUCCUCUGACUCCUCUUUGGUACCAGAGUUAUUGGGAACUGAUUAUGUACCUGGGAGUAGGGACUGUGAUGAGGGGGCCGUGAAAAUAGUCCACUCUUCUCUGCUAUGGUUGGAAAGUAAAGCAAGAAAUGCCACUGACCCCAUUGGUGCAUGGGAACCUGGCAUUUCUGUCAGUAGCUGCUUGAGUCCCAGAAAACACAACAGUUUUGGGGAUGACUUUGAAGGCUGCAAAGAGACUUCUGACAAGACCCACACUUUCAGCUCUGGGAAUUCUGAAGCAGGUCAGCAGCACAGAGGACAUGUGAAAGUGAUCCAUAUUUCAAUGGAUAUGUCCCAACCUGUCAUGGCUGUCUGCAAUCCAAUGGUUUACCCAGCCAAUCUCAGCUAUAAGAAUAUUUUUAAUCCUGUCUUUCAAAAAGCACAAAUAAAACAAAUAACUGAGGACAUUUGCAUCUUACACCAUCUUUUAGAAAGACAUAAUAAAGAAAAGACUAGCUGCAAACCUGUGAAGAAGCAAAUUUUCUCCAUGUCCCAAAAGUUCUGGAGGAGCCACAAAGAUGAAUGUAACCCAUCUACUUCAAGAUGCCCCUGGAGUAAAUCUCAUUGCCAAAAUUAUUUCUUACUUCUUCUUGGAAUAGAUGCCACUCAAAAAGAUUUUUCAAGAGAUAAGAAUCACAUUCUGGAAGAUUCAGACCUAAAAGAGACUGAAGAGUUAACAGAAGUUAAUGACUUUAAUCAUAAUAAUUGCAAGGCAUUGAUUCAGUCCAAGGCUCUUUCUGGAGACACCUCAGUCUUCUGGUUGGACAUAAAACACAGUAUUUUGUGUUGUGCACUAAACCUUGGAUAA